UUAUCACCAUCUACACAAUUAGAUAUAUUUAAACACAUAAACAGUGAUAGUUCAUAUCGAAAAGGAAACAACUGAUAGUUGAAGACGUAAAACAUAAAAAAAAAAAAAAAUCAAAUGUAUUUUUGAUCAUUAUAUGUAUAGAACUCAAUCAAAAUUACUAAAUUUAAUCGAACCCGCAACGUUGGCACUACCUUCCCCAGACAAAGGUCAAACUCUGACAGUAACUCACCCAAAGCUAUUUUAUACUUCAACCUCUUUCCUUUCUCAAAAAUAUCCACCAACUUUUCACUAACCCAAACCUUAUAAUCCCACAAAAAUGUCUCCUAAAUUCUUCUUUUCUCUCAUUCUAUUAUCUCUAAUCUCCGCCCUCUCUGCAUCCCUUGGCAGCACCGCCACCCACAGCGGCGCUGUCGGGGGAGGGGCGGAGACAGUGGAGUUAUGGUGUGUGGCAAAGAACAAUGCUGAGGAUGCUGCUCUUCAGUCCGCUAUUGAUUGGGCUUGUGGGCCCGGUGGAGCUAGUUGUGGGCCCAUUCAGUCCGGUGGGCCAUGCUACGACGCAUCUGAUAUUCGACGAACGGCAUCGUUUGCCUUCAAUGAUUACUUCCUUAAACAUGGGAUGACUGAUGAUAGUUGUGAUUUUGCUAGUUCUGCUGCUUUAACUUCUCUAAACCCAAGUCAUAAUGGUUGUAAAUUUCCAUCAAGCUUGAGUAGGAGUACCGGAAGCUUUAAUGGAUCAAUAACGCCAGAGUUAGGUCAAGCUUCAGAAGAUUUAAGUAGCAGCACUUCUACAAUCAGCUGUUGGAUUUUCGCCUCUAUGUCUAUUAAUCUAAUGUCUGCAACCCUGCUAAUUUUGUGACAUAUAAAAUUUUGAUUCUCUUGUAUGUAGUUGUAGAAUUUAACAAGUUGUUUUGUAGAGAAGUUCAUAUCCUCAAGGUAACUGGUGCUGGUUCCACGGCCUCUGCAGCAUUAUGAAUUAGUACUGGUAUCGAUCAAAUAGUCCUCUGAUUAAUAAGUAUGUUAGCCAAAAGCUAGAAUUUUGAUUUUUUUUUAAAAAAACAUUUUGUGAAAUAUGAAGCUAUGUUUGUCAUUGCAUAUGAAAUGUAGUGGUUAUAUUUAAUGAA